UCGUUGAAAUUGAGAUCACCCACUCAUACUUGCUUCCAAAGUUUUUCUUCGAUGGCUUCACUCUACGUUAGAUCCCAUCGUGUUUAUUUAGUCGACAUCAUAUCCCAAGCCCGGUGCCGUUCAGUAUCUCCCCCUUUGAUGGAAAUCGUGUUAACCAUCAACGUUGGCUAUUGUUCCACUUUCACCCCCACUCAUCCUUUCUUCUCACAACGAACCCUUUGUUUCCCUCUCACCCAUCUGCAACACCGCGGCAUGCUUCGCCAAGUUCUUGCUUCCACGCUCGCGGAGCUCGGAAUAAAUCCAUCCUCUACAGCUUGUCAAAGGGUCCUUCAAGAAAUCAUGGAACGUGGACUCAGAUUUGUGAAUGGGACGUUGAGCAGGGGAUAUCACUGUAAAGCCUUGCAUCUUCAGUCUGUGAUACUUGUGGGACCCAGGACGACCAACCAGGAGUCUUUGAUGACCGCAGCUGCUUUGGCCAUAUCUGAGUCGGAGUUCGAAAGCGAUAACUACGGCAUGGUAGCCGCUACUGAGUCCUCUGUUAAAGAGAUGCUCAGGAGGUUCAAAGUAGAAGAUGGUGAGCAACAAGACUGCAUGGUGUGCUUGGAGGAACUAGGGGUUGGAUUUGAAGCGUCUCGGAUGCCUUGUUCUCAUAUUUUUCAUGGCGAUUGCAUCGGAAAAUGGUUGCAGCAAAGCCAUUACUGCCCUAUUUGUCGAUUCGAGAUGCCGACUCAUUAAACAGAUAGAUGACGACUCUGUUUAGUGCCUAACUUCUUUAUUCAUUCGUUCAUUUGUUUCUUGUAGAAACUCGUAUUUAGUUUGUAAGUUGAUGUAGCAAAUUCUUUUUUACCCACAAAAAGGGUUAGUAAUAUAAAUAAAAAUGGACAGAGAAAUGUUCGUUCUCAAUGUUGACAGUGUUAGUCAACAUUUCCAACAAA